GUGGGGUUUGUUUCUCUAUAAACAAACCCGGAAGAAGGGAAUUCCUGAGAGGGAGUGCACUAUUGAUACAAUAUCCAGGGUCUGAGCUUGAGAGAGAGAGAGAGAGAGAGAGAGAGAGAGAUGAGUUCUGUUGCAGUGGAGGAAAGGAAGAAACCUCAUGCGGUUUGCAUACCAUAUCCAGCCCAGGGCCACAUAAAUCCCAUGCUCAAACUGGCAAAGCUUCUUCACCACAGGGGCUUCUACAUCACCUUCGUCAACACUGAAUUUAAUCACAAACGCCUACUCAAGUCAAGAGGCUCUGAUUCUCUCAAGGGCUUACCUGAUUUCCAGUUCCAGACCAUCCCGGACGGUCUCCCUCCUUCUGAUAUAGAUGCCACCCAAGACAUCCCAGCCCUCUGUCAGUCUACCAGCACUACUUGCUUAGUUCCCUUCCGCAACCUCCUCUCCAAACUCAACACCACACCCCACAUCCCUCCAGUCACUUGUGUAGUCUCUGAUGGUGCCAUGAGCUUCACCCUUCAAGCUGCUGAGGAAAUUGGAGUCCCUGAAGUAUUGCUCUGGACGACCAGUGCCUGCGGCUUUUUGGCCUACUUGCACUAUCCCCAUCUCAUGGAUAGAGGCUUCACACCUCUCAAAGAUGCGAGCUACCUAUCCAAUGGGUACUUGGACACUCCUUUGGAUUGGAUUCCAGGAAUGAAUGGUAUCCGUUUGAAGGAUAUUCCUACUUUUGUUCGAACUACCAAUCCCGAUGACGUCAUGCUCGACUUUGUCAAGGGAGAAGUAGGGAGAGCUUACAAAGCUUCUGCAAUAAUUUUAAAUACCUUUGAAAUCCUUGAGAAGGACGUCGUGGAUGCACUCUCAACGAUGUUGCCUCGCGUUUACACCAUCGGCCCUCUUCCCUUGAUGUUGGAUCAGAUUAAAGAUGAUAGAUUGAGCUCUAUCGGGUCCAAUCUAUGGAAAGAAGAAUCAGAGUGUCUUGAAUGGCUCGAUUCCAAAGAACCCAGUUCUGUGGUUUAUGUGAACUUUGGGAGCAUCACAGUAAUGACGCCUCAGCAACUCGUGGAGUUCGCCUGGGGUCUAGCUAAUAGCAACCACACCUUUUUGUGGAUCAUUAGGCCCGAUCUUGUAGCGGGUGACUCGGCCGUUCUGCCGUCCGAGUUCGUGAGCCAAACCAAAGAGAGAGGAAUGCUAUCAAGUUGGUGCCCACAGGAGAAAGUGCUGAACCAUCCAGCCAUAGGUGGUUUCUUAACGCACAGUGGGUGGAACUCUACACUGGAAAGCAUUUGUGGUGGUGUGCCUAUGGUUUGUUGGCCAUUCUUUGCGGAUCAGCAAACUAACUGCAGAUACUCCUGUACUCAUUGGGGGAUAGGUACCGAGAUGGACAACAAUGUUAAAAGGGAUGAGGUUGAGAAGCUUGUGAGAGAGUUGAUGGAGGGAGAUAAGGGUAAAGAGGUGAAGACUAAGGCCAUGGUGUGGAAAAAGAAAGCAGAGGAGGCCACCAGUCCCGAUGGUUCUUCUCUCCUCAAUUUUGACAACUUGGUGGACGAGAUACUCCUUUCCAAUCGUCUGCUUCCUUGACAGAUUUGAUGGUACUGUAUUCAACAGAUUGUGAAGUAUUUCAAGGAGAAUGGCUGGCCAUCUUCCUCAAUCUUUGAAACCAUCUGCUGAUAUUCUAUUGAUAAAAUAACUGUAGGCGUAAUUGGUGGUGUUAGUUUCUAUGGAAAAGCUUUCUUGGGAUUGGAAUUUCACUGGACUUAUGAGGUCAGUGCUGCAAAAUUGGUUCCACCAAACCUUAGAAAAAGCAAGUUUGAAUGAUGUAACCCCUUGAAUAUCUUUGAACCUUGUCGGGUUGGCUACCAUAGAUUCACAAACAAAGCUGAUUCUAACUGAUUUGUAACUCAUUAGAGUUCAGAAGGUAGAACCUCUAUUUGUUGCAUUUCCUGAAUGCAUGCAGAAGUAUUCUUAAUCUUUCCUUGUCCUCGAUUGUCUUGGUUUGCUUACUGAUGAUGCUUGCUUGCUUGCUUUUCUAGGAUUGGAGAACUGAAAGUUACAUGGAAAUAAUAAGAUAAUGAAACUGUAAGGAGAAUUCACCUAUUCUGUUGGGAUUGAUUAUCUAUUGUAACUGAUUAUGGCUUUACCAUAAGAACUCAUUAUCUCAAAGAAUGCAAGAUGAUAUUAUUCUUUAAAA